AUGAGGUCGCGCUACGUCGCGGCGCCCACGGCCACGGUCCUGCUGGCCCUGCUGUGGGUCCAGUGGUCCACGGGCUGCAACAAGGCACUCUGUGCUAGUGAUGUCAGCAAGUGCCUCAUCCAGGAGCUGUGCCAGUGCCGCCCCGGGGAGGGGAACUGCUCCUGCUGCAAGGAGUGCAUGCUCUGCCUGGGCACGCUCUGGGACGAGUGCUGCGACUGCGUGGGUAUGUGCAAUCCUCGGAACUACAGCGACACGCCCCCCACGUCCAAGAGCACGGUGGAGGAGCUGCACGAGCCCAUCCCCUCCCUCUUCAGGGCCCUCACAGAGGGGGACACUCAGCUCAACUGGAAUAUCGUGUCCUUCCCCGUGGCAGAGGAGCUCUCACACCACGAGAACCUCGUCUCCUUUCUGGAAACAGUGAACCAGCCACAGCAUCAGAACGUCUCCCUCCCGAGCAACAACGUCCACGCACCUUACUCCAGUGACAAAG